AAUCCAUGGCGUCAACGAGUCAACGAACCCUCAUUCUCCUCAUCGCUCUCCUCACCCUUUCCCUCUUCGCCAUCUCCGCCACCGCAUCAAGGCCCUGCAAAACGUUCUUCGUUUCCUCCUACUCUUUCUCCCUCCGCCAUCUCCCCUCCUCCUCUUCCCCCUCCGGCUUCGUCACCGUCGUCACCGAAAUCGGACAGCUCCGCCCUGUCCACAUCCACCCUGCCCGCUCAGAAGACGUCUUUGUCCCACACCACCACCACCACCACCACCACCACGACAGCAAGAAGCGAUCUCAGACGGCACCGCUCUUUCCUUUCAUUGGAACGGCUUCUUUGUUGUCAUCCUACGACAUCAACUCCCUGUGCGAUCGCACCAAGGACAUCCUGAGCGUCGUUGUUUCGUUGCUUUUCGGCGUUGGCUGCGACGCGCUCACCGCCGCCAAUAUGUACCUGGCUUGGUCCGUCUUCAUCAGUCGCCACGACGACAGCGGCUCCAACUCUUUCAAGUAUUUUUGGGUUUCAUGUCGCGAUAUUAUCGAUAAUAUCACGAUAUAUUGCCCAAAUAAUGUAUUAAAAUGCUAA